CAUGUUGUUGUUUCCCGCGGACAAUAAUACCGAACGGACCACUACAGUAAAGAGCAAUCUGCUGCGUUAGUGGGCUUCUUUUCAGUAUAGUCUUUUUACCUUGGGGAUUUUUAUUUUUAAAGAAGGGAGAGUUGUGUUUGACCUAAGAAAAACGCCAUGUUCUGUGCCAGGCUGAGCCGCAGGUUAAGUUUGACCGCCAUGAGGUGGACCGAUGGGAGAGGGACGUGUCCCCCACCUUGUCUGUCCACCCUGUCCAGCUGCUUCCUCCAAAACCAAACAGCAAGGAGUAAAGAUUGUGUCCAUUCAGAGUCGAGACGAGCUUUGUGCAGCCAGAGUCGGGUUAGGUUCAGGUACAGAAAAACCCAGCGCUGUGGGAGCAGGUCGUUCAGUCUCUCCGGUGCUUCUGCUCAUGUUCAGCCUUACCUCAGACUGAUGAGGCUGGACAAACCCAUCGGAACAUGGCUACUGUACCUUCCUUGUACAUGGAGCAUUGCCUUGGCAGCAGAGCCUGAAUGCCUUCCAGAUCUUGGGAUGCUCGCCCUGUUUGGUACUGGCGCCCUGCUGAUGAGGGGUGCAGGCUGCACCAUCAAUGAUAUGUGGGACAAAGACUUUGACAAACAGGUAGCCAGGACAGCCUCUCGACCCAUCGCAUCGGGGGAGAUUUCACGGAUGCAGGCGCUUGUUUUCCUCGGAGGGCAGCUGUCCCUUGCACUUGGAGUUCUUUUGUGUCUCAACUACUACAGCAUAGCUCUGGGUGCCUCUUCAUUAUCUCUUGUCAUCACAUACCCACUAAUGAAGAGGAUCACUUACUGGCCACAGCUUGUGUUGGGGCUCACCUUUAACUGGGGUGCUCUCCUCGGCUGGGCGGCCGUGAAGGGCUCUUGUGAUUGGUCCGUGUGCCUUCCCUUGUAUUUCUCUGGAGUGAUGUGGACGUUGAUAUAUGAUACAAUCUAUGCUCAUCAGGAUAAAGAGGACGACAUUAAGGUGGGAGUAAAAUCCACAGCACUGAUGUUCCAGGAGCAAACCAAACUUUGGCUGAGUGGUUUCACGGUAGCCAUGAUGUCCGGGCUGGUUGUAGCCGGGGUCAACAAUGAGCAGACCCUUCCUUACUACGCUGCUCUCAGCGCUGUGGCAGUUCACCUCGCACGGCAGAUUUACACAGUGGACAUCAACAAAGCAGAAGAUUGCUGGAAACAGUUUAGCUCAAACAGAAACUUGGGACUCUUGUUGUUUUUAGGUAUAGUUGCUGGUAAUUUGUUGAAAGAAUCUAAACAUAAUGGAAGCACCCAGAUAAAUGAGACAGUCUGCACUUAACAUAUUUAAUGUAUUUUAAAUACUGAAAUGUAUUUAUUUGAUGAUCAAAAAUUCCAUAAUUUUUAUACUGUACCAUAAAGGACGCUAACUGGUAAAUUAAUUGGGCUUUUUGCUUUGUUUUUAGCUCAAAACAAAUAAAAUAUGUGGGCUUAACAAAUCCCUGGUUUAUGAUGAUUCUCUGUUUAUUCAUGAUGGAAUAGAAAUGAAACAUUGCUGGGGGUUUUCUGGAGAUCUACUCUGCAGAAUUAAAGCACUGUGAUUAAAAAUCCUAAAACAA